AUGCAGCUCCAAUACCUCCUCCCUGCCGCGUUCUUCGCCGCCUCGACUCUAGCCGCAAAGUUCAACGGCUUCUCCGACAUCGCCUGCCAACAAUACGACGGCACCUACAUCCCCAUGACCGCAACCCAACUCCAAGACAUCGUCGUCAAGAACUGGGCAACCACGCAAGAAAUCCCCGAAGCAUCGCGCUCCUUCACUGCGCCUGAUGACAGGAAGCUCUGCCCUUCGAACUCGGAUGAUACGUACAAAUGGUUUGGUAUGGUGAAGCGUUGCUGA